AUGACGCAGUCCAAGACAUCAGGAGAAGGAUCCAGGUCUAAGCGAUCUCGGUCUGAAUCCCCAUUUUCUAGUAAAUCUGAUUACUGCAUCGAAAACGAGUAUGUGUCCAGAUACACCGACACAGACAAUGGCGUAACUCAUUACAUCUACUCCUUCGAUGACAACGAAAGCAUUGUUCCAAGCUCUUCAUCUAGCGACAUGAAUUACCGAGAAAGCGAAUUCGACAGCGGAUCGGAAAGAGAUAACAAAAGCCAGGAGUGCGACGAGGAAGCCAAGACGAAUGAUUGCACCGAGCAAAACACGGAAAAGGAACCACUGCGUUCUACGAACACACAAAACUUCGGAGAAUAUGAUAAACAUGCCGAAAAAUAUCGAAGAAGGCCUAGAAGACAACGCGGAAGGGGUUCUACCGGCUGGGAUAUAGAUGACCGUAUCCUUCCCGCAGCCACCGGCAUACUGCUCACGUUCCUGACCUUCAUGGUCUUUGUGGCCAUGGAAUAUGCGACAGCCCUGAAUACCGAGAGACACGCUAAGCAACUACUCGAAGAUGAAAAAGCGAACGCCGAGCCAAUUAUCGAAACGGUUACCGAAACCGUCGUCGAAGUAAUAUCCGAUAUCAACGAAGUUGUCGGGACUUACUUUGGUAUAUGUGGCCAAAAUAUGAAUCCUUGUUGUUUCGAUACAGAUAACUUUGUCGACCAGAUCAAGCAAGAGGGACUGCGAAGUGUCAAGUCUGGAUUUUCAAAUGCCUUGGAGUGCUGGAGACAUUUGCGGUCCUCGGAGUAG